GAUUGGCCGGCGUGCACCAAUGGGCGGCCGCCUUGCAGGGUGCGUGUUUACACCUGGGCUGCACCAUGGUUCAUGACGGGAACAAGGACGAGGCCGAGAAAUGCUUCAACUUGGCGCAGAAAUACUUUAAGGAGGGCAGCAGGGAGAAGGCAGCGAGGUUCGCACAAAAGGCGGAGCGGCUGUACCCGUCCGCCAAGUCCCAAGAAUUCCUGGAACUUCUGAACCGGUUAAGCGGGACAACAAGCCACACCCCUCACAGUAAUGGCACAGCUGGUGGAGAGGGUGAUGAUGGGGAUGGAGGAGGAGGUCGCAGCGGAGGGGAAAAUGUCCGUCAAAGGAGAAGUGCUGCGACAAGUGAGGAGAGAAGCAGCACCAGCACCACCAGCGCCUCCCAGACAUCUGGCAGCACAAGGGAGUACUCCAAGGAGCAGGGGGAUGCUGUCAAGAAAAUUAUGAGGUGUAAGGAUUACUAUGAGAUUUUGGGAGUGAGCAAGGAUGCCACAGACAGUGACCUCAAGAAGGCGUAUCGCAAGCUGGCACUCCAGUUUCACCCUGACAAGAACAAGGCACCUGGAGCAGGGGAAGCAUUUAAAGCUGUUGGUAAUGCCUUUGCUGUGCUCAGUGAUCCAGAGAAAAAGAAACAGUAUGAUCUCUAUGGACCUGAGGAAGCAAGUAGCCCUAGUCACCACAGAAACUCCUACAGCCAUCACGACUUCACUCGAGGCUAUGAAAGUGACAUGACGGCAGAAGAGCUCUUCAACAUGUUCUUUGGUGGUGGCUACCCUGGAGGAAAUGUGUAUGUGCGGCGUGGUGGGCGGUGGGAGCGUGCAGCAGGCCAUGGGAGGGGUUACAGUGGUCAGCAGGGCCACAACCACCAGGCUGCCCACGCAGAGCAGUCCAAUGUGUCCGUGUUCCUGCAGUUGAUGCCGCUCCUCCUCAUCUUGCUACUGUCCCUCGCGUCCUCCCUCCUCUCCUCCGACCCUACGUACUCCCUCUCGCCAACCAGCAAAUACAGUGUUCAGCGUAGCACUUCCCACUUGGGUGUGUCCUACUACGUGAAGCCAGACUUUAAUACCGACUACCAAGGAAGUAUUCGACGGUUAGAGCAACAUGUAGAAGAGGAUUUUGUAUCUACUCUCAGGAAUGCUUGCUUUAAAGAGAAAAAUUAUAAGGAAAACAUGAUAUGGAGAGCUCGGUCGUUUGGUGAUGCCCAGAUGUUUAAGCGAGCCCAGGAACUCCGUACCCCCUCAUGUGACUCACUUCAGAGUCUCUAUAAUUAAAGACAUAGAUUCAUAGACUUCAUUAUGUCAAAUUCAAAUCAUCGCUCCAGCAUUGGCCAGUUGACAAGAUUUAUCUACUCAUUGGGUAUGCAGCAUUAUUCGAAUUUGGAAAUUCAUCAAAAUGUGAACAGUGAGACAUAUACAGACAUUAAUAAUGCAUAUCCCAAAAUUACUUAAUCCUUGACUCACUUAACAUUAGUCUUUGAAAGUCACUUGUACAUUGUUUAUAAUCUUGACAUCUUCUGGCCUCUGCUCUAAUAAUAUAUUAUUUAUACUAGUAUUCAAAUUUAUUUAUGAUGUUAUAUUUUGUUGUUAUGUUGUGCCCAGUUUAUGUAACAUAACUCUUUUUAAGGAUCAUUUUGUCACUUUGUUCUGAAAGCAUUUGGUUUGAAAGUAAAUCUGUUAUAUAUAUGAAUACGAAGCUUUGCAACAUUUAUGGUGAAUAUUUGAAAUAAAGUAAUCAGUAUAUGUUUUCUUUCACUCAACUCAUAAAGAUUUUCCUGUUUCACUUGAAAAUAAUGUUCCUAAACCUGGAUGUAUUCAGCAGGUGUACAGUUCACAUGCAAAGCCUUUCUCUUCACAUGCACAUAAAAUACACAGCAAGCCUAUUGGCGACCCACUUGCAGCUUUAUGAUUUUUACUAUCUUGCACUAUGCAUAUAUAUAUAUAUAUGGCUUUUUUAGUAAUGUCUCUGGCUUAUUACCUCAGUACAAAUGCAUUCAAAUUCCAAUGUCAUCAAAGUUUUUUUCUCACAUGCCUUCAGAGUUUUUAUUUAGUAUGAUUUCAUGACUUGGGAAUAAUUUAAAGAAAAAUGAAAAACAUAACUAAGAUGUAUAGGAGUGAGGUAAGUAGGUGCAAGAUUUAGAGGAGUGUGGAGAUGGAAAUUGUGUGUGUGUGUGUGUGUGUACAGACAUGUAUGUGUGCAUAUGUUGGAUAGGUUUGGCAGACAUGUUGGGGAAUGUUCUGGAAACACAAAUUCAGGAUUUUUCUAAGGUGUCGUUAUGAAAGAUUCCAUAAUUUUAAUGAAUCCUUUGUGUGUUAUGUAGACAAAAAUCCAGAAAAUUUUCUUAGUAAAGUCAUGUAAUCUUUAAUAUAAAAAAUUGUGAAUGUAUGUUCAUUACUUUUGCAAAGAACAUAAUGCUGCAAAAAAUAUUAAAGAACAAACAAAAUAAUCUUGUAAAAGAGUUGAAUAGAUCCUGGUUAGUACCCUUAUUAUCAAUGGUUUCAGAUCCUACUUGCUGUAGUGCUCACCAAGAGUCCAGUAGCUGGUUAGAGCUUUUUAAGUUGUACUUUAUGCAAAGGAAGUAGAGAUUUUCAUUCACAAGUCUCAUGGUUUGAUGAUGUUUUUAUCCUUGAUUCCCCUCGUGAUAUAAUUAAAUAGAUCUUUUAAGCAAGUCUAAAAUUGUCAGUGAAAGUUUACUUGUAUAUAAUUGCCGUAAAACAACAUCAUAAAGAACAUAACUGAAUUCUGUUGAAAUAUCCUUUCCAGUUACCUUUUUAGAAGGUAAUUGUUUGGGAAGUACUGGACCAAUGCAAGGUACACAUAGUGGUAGGAAGAUCUAAGGUGUCUAGGCAGGGGCUUAGACACAAACAAACAGGAUUCUUGACAUUUUUUACAUGUCCCUAUCUCCAAAACUGUUACUCUGAUUGAUCAGGCAACACUUAAAUGGAUUUAAAGUUGAUAAAUGAGAUACAUUGUUGUUUUAGCUUCAGUUUGUGAAGCAUAUGUUUUAGAAAUUCUUCCCAUCUCUCCCUGUUGCUGUCAGCAUUUUCAGAGAAGUAUGUUGUGCAGUUGUUGAUGGAACUCCUCAGGCAGCAUUUGAGGGCAUUUGAACUAUGUGAAAGGAUUACGUAACCUUAACAUUAGGAUGUUCCCUAUUUUGAUAUGCUGAGUCCUUUAUGGGUUUAUGUCAGAGCUUGCCUACUGCAAAGACAGUCUAUCCUAUAUUUCAUCUCUGCCUUGCAAAGUGUUUUUUUUGUUUUUUUUUUUUUUUUU